AGCUCCGCCAGACCAACUGUGGUGUAGUUAUUGAUAUUUAAAUAAUCAUCAUAAUCAUUUUGUUCUCAGUGGUGCCUCUAGUGGUCAGAUUAUGUCUUCUGGUUUCAAGCUUUGGUCAGUUUGAUUCAUUCGGUUCGCUCGGACGGACCCCUUACAGGUACAAAUGCUUUGCGAAUCGGUUCGAUCGAAUCACAAAGAAGAAUCGAUUCAACAGAGCGAGUCGAACGCCGCCGCCGCUGUUCUUUGUCCUCGCGGUGACUGCAUGUGAUCCCGCUGAAUGUACAUUAUUUAUUCCUCCGUUUACAGUCUGUAUUCAUCAACCAGAAGAUCUGAAGGAUGGUGUUAGUUCAUGUCGGAUAUUUGGUUCUUCCUGUCUUUGGCUCAGUGAGAAAUAGAGGAUCUCACUUUAACAGGCAUCAGCACAAUCAUGCUACCUCUUGCCGGCAUUUCCACGUAGGCCCCCAGGCCCAGAUCCCUGUUGAUUUCCCAAUGCCCCAUCCAGGACAAUCUCAGACAGGAAUGAGCCAUCACCACGGCCCCUCGCACCAGCCAGCCGCGGCAUUACAUCCACCCCUCAACCACAUACCAGCACCACCGUUCCAGGACAUCCCGGCCCCACCCUUCCUACCUCAGGCUUUACACCAGCAAUACCUCAUCCAGCAGCAGAUCCUGGAGGCCCAGCACAGGAGGAUACUUCCACAGUCCAGCAGACAUGCUCCAGACCGAACCCUUCCCCAUCCGCAGACGCUGCGGCCGCCAUAUGAAUACCCGCCAUCCAUUCAUAUUCCCCCACCGCCGCCGGUGCCGCAGCAGCCACGUUACCUUGCCGAAGGAACAGAUUGGGAUCUGAGUGUGGAUCCAAGCCUGCCGCAGUACCACGUCUCUCCCCUCACUCAACAUUAUCAGCAUUACCUGACCUCUCCACGACUGCAUCACUUCCCCAGGAACACCACCUCGGCACAAGUGGUUGUCCAUGAGAUCAGAAACUACCCUUAUCCUCAGUUACAUCUGCUGGCUCUCCAAAGCCUCAGUCCGUCUCGCCAUGCGUCUGCUGUGCGGGAGAGUUACGAGGAGCUCCUGCAGUUGGAGGACAGACUGGGCAAUGUGAACCGAGGGGCUGUGCAGACCACCAUCGAGAGGUUUACCUUUCCUCAUAAGUAUAAAAAGAGAAGACCUCUAGAGCUGAAGAUUGGCAUGGAUGAAGAGGAGCUCGACACGGAUGAGAAAUGCACAAUAUGCCUCUCGAUGCUUGAAGACAGAGAGGACGUCAGGAGAUUACCCUGCAUGCACCUCUUCCAUCAGGCUUGUGUUGACCAGUGGCUGGCAACCAAUAAGAAGUGUCCCAUCUGCAGAGUAGACAUCGAGACGCAGUUGUCCCCCGAUAGCUGAUGUCUCAUGUAGCACUAGCUAAAAAUCCUGUCAUCUUUCUUAGUCCCCUCGUGGGCACUUUGCCAAAUGUGUGUCAUCUCCAUCACCUCUCACCUCUGACCUUUGCCUUCUGAGCCAACUGACGAUGUAGAAUGGGGAAGACGAAAAGCGCUGAAGACAGAGUCCAGCACAUGGAGAAGAACGAGUCUGUCGAUGAAGAUGGUUUCAGUCAAAGUGCUGUGAAUGUGUGUGUGUGAGCGCGUUUGGGAUGGUGAACACUGCUCGUAAUGUCUCAGAAUGAUUUCGGAUGAAGACCGACCAAAUGUUCUCAGUGUUCAGUAGGUCACAUGGAUGAAGCAUUACAGCAUGAGCACCACAAAGUCCAACAUAUUACACGUGGUUGGUCAUGAAUUAAUCAUUUGUGACCCUGGAGCACAAAAGCAGUGUUAAG